AAGGAUCGAAGGAGGAAAUCGUCUCCAGCGUCAUCAAUAGCCUCUUCACAGAGGCCACGAACCGUGGAGUCAACAGCGAGAACGACAUCGAUAGUAUUCAUCGCUUGCAGAAAGCGUAUCCUUACAACGUGCCGGGCAUCAGCCAGACGUGGGCGAAGUGCUCCAAGGGCGACGAGGAGCUGACCUCUGUUGCUUGCAAGCUUCCUGUGGUGGAGGACAAGAUCUCCUGCGCCAAUCACUUCGUGUGGCUGCUCUUCCGACGGACUCUGAACCAGGCGUCCUGCCGGGACGACGAGCCGGGCAGUCCCAACUGCAACCCUGAAAUCAUGCACAACCCCGGGCUUGACGCCUGUCUCAACCCUGUCCUCUCAAGAGAUCAGAUGCACGACUGUAUCCUACGAAUUAUGCAGGUAGUUCUCGUGUACCAUGAGCGUAUCUCGCACUAA